AUGGCCCAGGGCAAAGCUGGACGGAGGAGACGGUCGAGUAGCAUCAUCUACCAAGAGCCUCCCGAGUCCAUUGAGCACACCAGCGACCAGGCUGCCCUGCCCAAUUUGAAUGCGAACUGGGUCAACGCCAAGGGAGCCUGGACCAUUCACUUCGUUCUCAUCAUCGCCCUCAAGAUCUUGUUCGACAUCAUUCCCGGCGUCUCGCAGGAGACCUCAUGGACGCUCACCAACAUCAGCUACAUGUUCGGUUCUUUCCUCAUGUUCCACUGGGUGCGGGGCAUCCCUUUUGAAUUCAACGCCGGCGCGUAUGACAACCUCAACAUGUGGGAGCAGAUCGACAAUGGAGACCAGUAUACCCCCACGAAGAAGUUCCUCCUCUGCGUACCCAUUUGUCUCUUCCUCCUUAGUACACAUUAUACCCACUACGACUUGACGUAUUUCACCAUCAAUUUCCUUGCAACCCUGGGAGUUGUCAUCCCGAAAUUGCCGUUUUCGCACCGUCUGCGAAUAGGUCUCUUCUCUGAUAUACCCGAAGAGUAG